CGGGAGGUGGCCAGCACCCAGUCGGGCCCGGGCAUCUGUGCCGCGCAGUCCCCAUUGGCAGGCGGGCGGCAGCGGAGGCGGGCCCUGGUCUGCGAUUGGCGGCGGCGGGCGGUGGGUGGCGGCCGGCGUGGCUGUGUCAUGGAGGCGCCGGGAGUCACUGAGCCGGGAGUCGCUACCCAGCCGGCGGCGCUCCUGCAGGAGCUGCCGCUGCCGGCGCCCGCGAUCCCAGAGGAGCAGCGGGAGCGGCGGGCGCGGAGGAGAAUCGAAGAGGAGCAAGAAGUAGCAGUCUUUCGUGAAGUGGUCAGUUUCACCCCGGACCCAAUGCCAGUCAGAUACUAUGACAAGGACACCACCAGCCCCAUCAGCUUUUACUUGUCAUCCCUGGAAGAACUCUUGGCGUGGACACCCGACGUGGAGGACGGCUUUAACGUGGCCUUGGCGCCCCCCGAGGGUCGGCAGCCCCCUCUGAGCAGCCGGAGGCCCCGGACCUUGCUGUGUCACGACAUGAUGGGCGGCUACCUGGAUGACAAGUUUAUUCAGGGCUCAGCGGCGCAGAACCCCUACUCCUUCUACCACUGGCAGUAUAUUGACAUCUUCGUGUACUUCAGCCAUCACACGGUCACCAUCCCCCCGGUGGGCUGGACCAAUGCUGCCCAUAGGCACGGGGUCUGUGUGCUGGGCACUUUCAUCACCGAGUGGCAAGAAGGUGGGCAGCUGUGCGAAGCCUUCCUGGCUGGGGACGAGCGCUCGUACCGGGCAGUGGCGGACCAGCUGGUCCUGAUCGCCCAGUUUUUCCGUUUCGAUGGCUGGCUGAUCAACAUCGAGAACUCUCUGAGUCUGGCCGCAGUGGGGAACAUGCCCCACUUCCUCCGGUACCUGACCACUCAGCUGCAUCAGCAGGUCCCUGGGGGCUUGGUGCUCUGGUACGACAGCGUGGUGAGCAGUGGGCAGCUCAAAUGGCAGAAUGAGCUAAACGAACACAAUAGGGUCUUCUUUGAUUCCUGUGACGGGUUCUUCACCAACUAUAACUGGCAGGAGGCGCAUCUGGAGCGAAUGCAGGGCCAGGCCGGGGAGCGCCAGGCCGAUGUCUACGUGGGAGUGGACGUGUUUGCCCGGGGAAACGUUGUCGGGGGCCGAUUUGAAACCAAUAAGUCUCUGGAGCUGAUCCGAAAGCACGGGUUCUCGGCGGCCCUGUUUGCGCCAGGCUGGGUGUAUGAGUGUUUGGAGAAGACGGAUUUCUUCCAGAACCAGGACAAGUUCUGGAGUCUGCUGGCGCGCCACCUGCCCACCCACAGCAUCUGCGCCUUGCCCUUUGUCACUUCUUUCUGCAUGGGCAUGGGGGCUCGAAGAGUCUGCUACGGCCAGGAGGAGGCGGUGGGGCCCUGGUACCACCCGAGUGCCCAGGAAAUCCAGCCCCUGUUUGGCGAGCACAGACUGGAAGGGGACGGAGGGGGCUGGGUGAAGACGCUCAGCUGCCUGGCAGACGCCUGGAAUGGGGGCAGCUCCCUGCUCAUCCGGGGGGUGAUUCCGCCUGAGGUCAGAGAGGUGGCUGUGAGGUUAUUCUCCCUGCAGGUCCCAGUGCCACCCAAAGUCUUCCUGUCCAUGGUGUAUAAGCUCGAAGGGCCUUCGAAUGUCAGGGUGGCUUUGGAGCUCACCACAGGGGAUGCGGGCAGCUGUCACAUCGGUGGCAUCUGGCCGUUGAAUGCAGAAACAAGCUCCAGGCACAGCCCCCGACCCCUCCGGGUGCCCCCCACCAAGCUGGCCAGAUGGGUGGGCCGCUGUGGCCAGCAGCUCAGUGGGGGCUGGGUCCAGCGCUGCUAUGAAGUGAACCUGCGCGGCUGCCUCCUGGGGGACCUGCUAGUUAGCUUCUCACGGCCUCCAGGCAGCCAGGAGGAGGAGAACUUCGUCUGUCGCCUUGGAGAGAUCCAGGUGGUGGAUGCUAAGAGCUUGCUGGCCCCUCUGCCCCAGGUGCAGGCCAUCUCUCUGUCACAUGUCCGGUGGCGGCCAGCCGCCUCUUCGGCCUCUUCCGGGGACGGGCCCCCUGCUGGGCUCCGGCUCAGCUGUACUCUGCACUGGUCCUUCCCUCUGUCCCACGUCCGAUGCUUCCGGCUCCACUGCUGCCCAGGGACUGGAGGUGGUCCUCUCGGCAGGGGGCCACUAGGGCCAGAGAAGCCCAAGCUCCUGGGCUUGGCUUUUGUCAACCAGUACAGGAUCGUGGACCUGGCAGUGGCCGCCCCUGGGCCUGGCCAGGGUGGCCGUGUGGAGUUCCUGGUGGAGCCUGUCCCCAGGGAGGGGUUCCUGGUGCCGCAGGCCGAGUGGGGCAGGGCGGCUGUGCAGUACUCCCUGCCCAGCACCUGAGCGAACAUUAAAGCAGUCUCCCGCCUCACGGC